AUGCAACCUAUUCGUUUAGUGCUGCGAUUGGGAGAACAACCCUCGUUCAGGAAGUUCGGUGCCGAAUUCUACAGGGAGCCUCUGCCAGGUUGCAAGCAUCUGAAACAGUUCACGGACGAGUAUUGGGAAUGUCACAUUCGUCAGUUUACGUACCUUCAUUGGCACGAUGUCGGCACGUGCAAGAUGGGGCCUGCCAACGAUUCCGGAGCUGUGGUGGACCCAAAACUCAGGGUCUACCGAGUGCAAAGGUUGAGAGUGGCGGAUGCAUCCAUCAUGCCUGUCAUCACCUCGGGGCACACGAUGGCGGCCUGCAUCGUCAUCGGGGAAAGGGCUUCGGAUCUCAUCAAGGCAGCCCAUAAUCUGUGA